GGGGGGGCUUCUUAAAGCUGGAUUCACACGACGGACCGAAUUCCGUGGACGACAGUGACGAGAUUGGACCAGGGGAAGGCGAUAGAGCGGGGUCAGGCAAAGACGAUAGAGUGAAGGAUUUACAUGUGCGAGACGAGUGAACGAAGCAGCCGCCAAUCCCUUCACAAGAUUGCACGGUACUACAGACAGACGAAUACGCACGUCGCAUAUACUUCAGGAACAGACGACACGCGCAACACAGAGGAGGCUUGGUGGCGUCUUCGCUGGCCUUCCAUGCCUCUGACACCACCGGGUCCCGAAGGAGGAGAGGGAUACAGGCGAGAAUCUCUCUGGCCACUUAAUCUUAUCCCGCUGCGGCCGCCCAGUCACUUGGGCGAGGGGAGGGCGGCGAGGAAGGGUGCGGUGCGGGCGCGCCAACCCCAGCCAUCCAGCCGCUUCAGUUUCUGGCCGGCGCUCCAGACGUUCAGUGGGUUGUGCCUGCUUGUGGUGGAGUCGACGGUGGCUUGCAGCCGGCUGGGCGAAGGGUAUACCGCGUGGCGUUGUCCACUGCUGACUCACCUGGUGCUUUCGAACCCACCAGGAAGACAUGGCGGCACCUUCCGGGAACUUGAUCCUGUUGGUGCUCUUCUCUGUCGCUUGUGGACUUGCUGCCGGACAGCAGGGUGGCCGGAAUGCAGCCGCACCGUUCUCCAUCAAUGGGGGCAGCAACAAUGCACCACAGGGAUCGUCGGGUGGUGGUGGUGCAGUGGGCCUGGAGCACCUUCAGGUGGCGCCGGACCUGAAGCAGGCGCUAUCACUGCGCGUGCCCCAGGAGUUCGUGCGCGACCACCUGGGAGACUACCACUUCCAAAACCCCAACAUACUCCUUAAGGCGCUGCUGCACCCGACGUUCAAGACGCGCGACCGCAAGGACCGUCACGACUCCUUCGAGCCACUCGACUACAUCGGAUCGUUCGUCAUGGACUACAUCGUGUCCAGGUACGUGCUGAUGAAUGCUCGCAACAAGUCCCAGCAUCACAUGGCUCAGGUGAAGGCGUCGGUGCUGCGUCAAGAUUCGCUCGCCUAUUUCGCCGUGAAGAACAACUUCCACAAGUUCGUCUUCGUCGACCGGCCCGUCGAGAAAGCUUCGCUGAGGGAGUUUGCUGACGGCCUCCGCAGUGUUCAGGCCUUGUCUGAUCUAAAGUACGCCAAAAAGAAACGCAGCUUCGUCUACAAGUUCUUCAAGUCUGUGUUUGGCGCCAUCUUCGUCGACAGCGGCUACAACGUCCAGGUGGUCGAGCCGAUACUUCUCAAGAUGAUAAAGCGGGAUAUUGACCUCCUUCUGUAGUUCAACUACCUUCGCGAGUGAUUUUUUGAGCUCCGGAUAGCUCGCUGGAACUCUUCACACGCUUGGAAUCAUUUUUUUUUUUUACUUAUGUGGUCAAGCCUGGACACAUUGUACACUGUUGAACUGUUGUGAUGACUCCACGUGCAUAAAACACAAUACUCCAUGAUAUCAACCACUUAAGAGCAUCGUUCCGUCUAGUUCGCUCAUAUUUAAGCGCAAAUUCUUUAGCACCGAAACCACAAAUUAUCAUCCACAAACCACAAACAUCAAAUGAUGUUGGAAGCGGCUGGCGAGAGCAAGAAAGCAAUGUGUUAUUGCGUACAGCUUUCCGUCCUGUUGCAAUAAGUCACAGAAGCGGUGAUGUUUAUUUAUUAGGCCCAACAUAGCCGAGUGCGCUUGACCUUGAGACAGAUAACGCUGCAAUAAAGUGACUCCAUCAUGGAGCUAGAUACAAAAUAUCGAGCUCCAUCAAAACUGUAUGAGACGGAACGUUUGUGUCCUAAAGUUUAUCGAAGCAGAGGUUUGACUAGCAAUAUAUUAUUUCCCCAGGGUGACACACGUGUAUUGUUUAUUUCUUGAGAAUACUCGCCGAGUGACUUUAAAGGAGGUCACUUAGGUAGGGUCAUACGAGAUGCUGGCUAUGCUAACGAUGCACUAGUCUCAGCUCCCCCUGCCACUGCCCAGUACGGUUGCAAAUGAAAGGGAAAAAUUGAUGGCAGGGCGCAGUGCAAGUUGUACACGCCGUACGAACGGCACGGAUAGAAUAUCAGAGAAAAUGCGGCUGCGGCAACUGGUCAUCACCUCAUCCCCAUUUUGGAGCAACUUGGCAGGCACCGCAAAAGAUGCUCGGAGAGAGAGGGAUAUAAGGAACGCAGGCACGAUAACCAGUCCGGAGUCUGGUUGGCUGCCCUACGCUGGGGGAAGGAAUAAGGGGAAGAGAGAGACGGGUGAGAGAGAGUAUAGAGACGUGCACAGACAGCCACUGAGUCAAAGCCGCUCGGAACUCAAAUGCUCGGAACCGCCGGUUGCAGGAUGGUAGAUGACGCGAAAAUAAGCAACCGUCCAUCCCAUCACGCUGUUUAACCUUAGUGCGUAAAGUGGGGUAAGUACUGUGCAUUCCGUGAUGGAUGCUCGCGUAUGCAAGGUAGCGUGCGGCUCUCUUGGCUGACUAGACCCGUCGAGCUGCAGGCGCCUCGACGGAAUUAGCGCUCCGCUCCCGCAUAAGCAGGUAGGGAGGGGGGGGGGGGGGGCGAUGUUUUUAUCUCCUGUUUGCAUCCUGCAAGUGAUGUCUUGUUUCCGUAAUAAAUUGGUUCUGCCACGUG